GUCACUGGGUGAUUUUUGGUGUGUCACUGUCUCAUGGCAUAACCUACCUCACAAGGUUUUUGUGAUGUUAAAUGGAGGGAAAGAGCUGCUUAGAGGAACGAAAGGAUAAAAAUCUAAAUAAAAAAAUUAAAAUGUAAAGGCUUGGGGCUAAAAUCCCAUAUUCAAUUAUCAGAGGCUUAUUUCUGUGUCCACAAAUAUUGGAUUGCAGUGAUAAUUAUUGCAGGGUUAUAAACUGUAUGUUAAGGAUACUAACGUUUAAAAACUGACCCUUCAUCCUUUGGCUUCAAUAACAGCCUGAUGGACCAAAUUUAAGAAGUCAACAUUUUUUUCCACCACCUUAGAAGGAGGCUGAAAAAGAGAAAUGCCAGGAGAAACUUCCCCAUUUUGGUAUAUUUUCCUACGCUUGGAAUGGAGAGUGAGAUACAGAAAAUUUAGAAGCAAAUUUAGCAGAAUCAGGAUUAGGUAUUUCUUUGCUUAAAUCAAAAAUAUGAAAGAAAAAUCGCUGAAUUCUCACAUAAAAACAAAAUACAUAAUGUAUUUAGUAUAAUAUAUUUAAUUAGCUGAUCAAUGUAUUGUACAUACAUUGUAAAGAUAGAAAUUUGGGCAAUCUUAGGGGUUAAUACCAGCGAGAUUUUUAUAUGCUAGACGAGACAUGGAAGUAGCAGUAGGGGGGAAGGUGGUGCUAAGUGUACCUUCCUGUGCAGCAUCCCCCCUCCCUGUUUGCCCCAAGCCGACAACAAAGCUUAGCUAUGGAAUCACAAAGUGCAAGAGCUGUCAACAUGCAUAGCCUGGUGAGUGAUGGGAAGUCCAGAGCUGGGGUUAUUCUAUUUAUUAUUUGUAACAUUUUUACUUUUCAAGUCUGUGAGUUUUGGGGCAUCAGCAAAGCUGGGAUAUUGGGAGGUUGGGAUUAUUGGAUAUGAGAUUUUGUCUGCUAGAAAUAAAACGUUAGAAGUUUGCAAGCUGGAAUAGCUGCAGGUUGGGUAGUUUCCUAGGUGGUGAUUGCCGCUUCUCCUGGGAGAAAUGUGGCCUCACAAAGGGAUAUUGCUUUGCUGUAUGUAGUGAAGGAAGAAGGCUGCUGGUAUAACUUGCCUUUGCCAUAGCCUGACCCAGGUAAGCUGUCCAUCUUAGUUGCUGGAAGUGUAGGAUAUGAAAAAGGAUGAAAUCCCUUUCUGAGGCUGUAGGCUAGUAGCAUGAGCUAAAUGGGAAAUACUGGACUAGUAGUAAGAGUUGUUUUCUCGUGUUGUGGCAGAAGACCAGGGAGGGUCAUGAGAAUCUUUCACGUUAGACAUGUCUCCCAGCCACAAGGUCUUUAUUUGUUGUUUUAGAGUCUGCUAGGACCUGUCCCUUUCAGCCAAGGAAAAGCACACCAUGUUACAGUUUAGGAAUGUAGUUACAGAGACACCGAGAAGAGAAUUAAUAGACUCCUUUUCUCCAGGUAAGGGUUCUUUUCUUCUGUUAAGUACAUCCUCCAGGUAUCUGAUGCCUGUAUUCUUUAGCCUAAGCAGGACUGCCUUCUGAUUGGGCGGUAUGGCCUAUAGUAAUUGAGGGGGAAAAUAGUAGCCAACAUAACGCUUUUGCAGGGUUUUGUUGGGAAGAUGAUGUUUUCAGCUGGUCUUCAUUUAUUAAUUUUUUUGCAAACGAAGGAGGAUAAAGUAAUUUCUAGCUUUCACAAUUCUGGAAGCAAGCUUGAAAAUGUUACAGUAAUUACGAGCUAAUGACGUGGAACCUAAAAAUACCCUGAGAACUGCUUUUAGUUUAUCCAUGAGGAAAUAGUUGUUAAGAAUAAGUCAUCUUGAGUCCCAAUAAACUCUUACUCUUAAUUUUUCUUUCCUUUGAACAGGGCAUUUCUAUCCGCAAACCUCUUGUAACUCCUGAGAUGGAUUGAGGGAAGGAACAUAACAAAACAGGCUCUGAGGCAAGGAAUAGCCUUCUAGCUUCAAGGAACUACAGAACAGCUCCAAGAUCACUUGGUAAAAUGGAGAAAGUGAGGUCUGAUGGCAGGGGUAGCACACAGUGAUUAAAACAUCAGAAGUAGGUAACUGAUAUGGUAAGAUCACUGUCAAUACAGUAGGCUCAGGUCUUGACUGUCUCCCUUUAAAAUAUAUAUUAUUAAUUUGUUGGUUCUCAGAGGAUGUAGCACUCCACACUGGUGUGGUAGGAGAGGAUGGAAGUGUGGCAAGAAGAUUCAAGGACAAUCAAAGAAAUAUUUAAACAUUUCAGUUUAGUAUAGUAUAGUAUAGUAUAGUAUAGUAUAGUAUAGUAUAGUAUUAGUAUCAAAAUAUUUUGAGGGGGAUGUACAACCAGAAACAUUAUCCAUGCCUCUCUUCAAGAGCAUGGCUAUUCUUCUGAACUGCUCCAUGGCAUACAACAGGGAUUUUCAACUCUGGCAAAUAUGAAAGUUCAGAAAAGGGAAAGGCUUCUUUGUGUUGAUGAGAUGAGAGUUCAUUUAUCUCAGACUAGACCUAAGAGAAAUGAAAUUACCUGGCAAAAGUGAGCUCACGCUUCUCACUGAGUUUGUAUACAAAUUUAAGGUACAUAUGUAAGUAAGAGGCUCAUUUAUAAUUGUAUUUUGAGAAUGAUUCAUGUUCUUAUGUAGCUGCAUUUUAAAAAACGUUUUGGAUGCCCCAUGAUCAUAUUAUAAAGUCGUCGUAUUCUAUGCUAUAAAUCAAGCACUGACAGGAGUUGUUUCCUUUUGUUUUCCAAUGUAUUUCUAAGCAAUAAAAAAAAAAUUGGCAUGAGCAAAUUUUUGUUUUAAAAGUGUGGCCCUGAGAAAAAAAGUUAAAGAAGCACUGUAUUAAUUAUUAUUAAUAAUCACCAUCUCAACAGUUAAGACACUGCACAGUAACUAUUAUUAAAAGGAGCAUCCCCAAGUUCAAGAUGCUAGUUUUAACACUAGUCAGGAACAGGAAACUAGAAACCUGUGCUGCUUCCAGCACUCUUGAGGGUCUUCUGUACUUUUAUCUCCCAAACCACAUCCUAAGCACAGCUGCCAGCAGUGAAGGAGUAUCAAGGAUGAGUGGCUAGGAAGAUGGAAUAAUCUGGGCAAGAGGUGGUAGCAGGAUAAAAAGACGUGGGAAUGAUGAGUUAGUCCAGGCAUAGGCAAACUCUGGCCCUCCAGAUGUUUGGGACUACAGUUCCCAUCAUCCCUGACCACUGGUCCUGUUAGCUAGGGAUGAUGGGAAUUGUAGUCCCAAACAUCUGGAGGGCCGGAGUUUGCCUGUGGCUGAGUUAGUCCAUAAAUACAACUCAAGCAUAUUGUGCUGAGAAUGAGACCCUGUGGAAGGGCCAUAUUUAUUCAGAAGAGGGCCAGUUCAGGAGUCUUGUCUUACUGGCCUGCAGCAACUUUCAUAAUAGCUGUCAUGGAGAGGCUUAUCUAGCUCAUCAUACACUUUCUAGGUUGGAAACCACAAUGAGGUGAGAAAAUAAAUUCACUGUGGUUGAGAAAGGCUCUUUACAUAUGCACUGGCCUAAGCUGCAGUAGUGCCCACAUUCAGGACCCAAGGCCAAUGCAGAAAGAACAGAGAGGAAGGAAGAAGAUGAGGACUUGGUAAAAAAUAUAUCUAAAGACUAACUGGCAGCAAAUGAUGCAGAAUAGAUGGAACUAUGGUGGUUAAAAGACUUGUGGAAGCAGAAUGUGAGGAUUGAUGGUCGUUGGGGAUUGAUGGUAGAUGAAUCAAUGUGAAUUUCUUCUUUCUACUAGGAAACAGAAAGAUGGAUACAGCUGAAAAACCUGCAAGCAAAAGGGAAGAUGUAGUAUCAGGAAUAAAAUCUCAGAGAAGUUUAGCAACCCCAGUAGCAAAGCAUCGGAGAGUAGGCAGGGUAAUCUGCGGUGUUUGUGGAAAGAGCUUUGUCAAGACCUGUGAACUGUUUGCCCACCAGCGGACCCACACAGGGGAGAAGCCAUACGAGUGCUCAGAUUGUGGCCGUUGCUUCUCUGUCCAAUCCGCAUUGGCCAGUCACCAGAGUAUUCACACAGGAGAGAAGCCUUACAGAUGUCAGGAGUGUGGCAAGAACUUCCGGCUGAAGAGCAACUUGACCCGCCACCAACGAGUUCAUGAUGGCAUAAGACCAUUCCGAUGUGAAUACUGCGGGACCACCUACAGCACCAAAGCUCACCUGGUCUGGCACCUGAACACCCAUACAGGUGAGAAGCCAUACAAAUGUACUGAGUGCUGGAAGCGUUUUGGAGAGAUCUCCUUGCUUGUAGAGCAUCUUCUUUCACACCAGGUUGAUGGUAGUGGUGGAAAAAAUGGAACUGCCUCUGCAGGACGUUUAGGUAGUGGGAACCUUCACCGCUGCGACGAUUGCGGCAAGAACUUCUGCCGGAGCACCACGUUAGCUGAACACCGUCGCAUUCACACUGGUGAGCGUCCUUUUGCCUGUGAGGAGUGUGGCGAGCGGUUCAUGCGACGGGCUCUCUACAAUGAACAUGUCCGCACUCACUCUGAAGAGGGCCCACCCAACCUGUGUGUAGCCUGUGGUAAAUCUUUCACCAAGCGCUAUUCCCUUCUCCAGCAUCAGAGGUCACACACAGGAGAAAAGCCCUACCAGUGCCCCGAUUGUCCAAAAAGCUUCAUUGCCAGCUCUGCCUUGACACAGCACCGGCGGAUACACACUGGAGAGACACCCUACCCAUGUCCAGAUUGUGGGCGCAGUUUUAGCCAGAAAUCGGUGCUCACAACUCAUCGGAGACUUCACACAGGCGAGAGGCCAUACAAAUGCCAGGAGUGUGGGAAAGGCUUUAGUCAGAGUUCAGCGCUGACUCAGCAUCUCCGGACUCACACUGGUGAGUCCCCGUACAGCUGCCAAGAGUGUGGGAAAAGUUUUAGUGGUAUGUCAGCUCUCAAGCGACACCACCUCACCCAUACAGGGGAACGCCCCUUUCGCUGCGAUGAAUGUGGCAAAGGGUUCAAGCAGAGCUCCACGCUGGUCCAGCACCAGAGGAUUCACACUCAUGAGAAGCCUUAUGCCUGUCUCCAGUGCAACAAAAACUACAGCCAACGGGCUGCUCUUGCCAAGCACCUGAGGACUCACACCAAGGAAGUCUUGCUUUCUGGCACAUGCAGUGAGCCAAUGGACAUCAGGGUUUACACAGAGCCUUUUGUCCAACCCCAAGAAGAGGAGAACAAUACAGAGAAUGACAUGGAGGAAGAAGCUGAUGAGGUAGUGGUGCUCCCUCCAGGGACAUGGGAUGCUGAGGUAAAAGAAGAGUCAGAGCUUCAGUGGGAGAAUGACAUACCAUUUGCAGAAACGGGGUCACUCUCAUGGGUGAAAAAGGAAGAGUCAGAUGAGGCCCAGGUAGAAAGGAGAGAACUAUCAACAGUUUCUCUGCACAUCAAAGAGGAACCAGAUGACUGAAAGAAUUGUGGGCACGAUGUCAGGCUUUGUGGUUUUUUCAAACAAAUGUGCCAGGGCUGUCCCAGAAACUCCCACAUGUGACAAGGGGUUCUGUCUUGGAGGGAGAAAGAUAAAUCUAAACUUGGAGCACUGUAAGGAUAGACCUCUGAAAAGAGUGCUAUUGGAACUGAAACCUGCCUUGAACCAUGUUUAUCAACCCUCAAAUCCUGCAGUCUAAUACCAGAAUUGUAUAGCUUGGUUAUGAAUACUCAGUGGUGAGGAAAAUGAAUUCAGUAUAUCCUGAACAGCAUUCUUCAUUACCUGGGUUCAUGCAGUGUCCCCUUGGCAGGGAGCAGAUUCAGAAGAGGUUCCAGAGCAGAGCCUUAACUCAAAGAAAUUAUUGGCUGAUCAUAUUCUGUGGGUCAGCUUGGGGAGUUUGUGGUCUUGAAAACCCACUUUAAAAAGAAAAAAAGUGUUUGGGUGCUCCAAAGUUGCACAUGCAAUUUGGAAGGUAUAAAACUAGAAUUGCAGGCAGCACUUGUAGUGGCCAUGUAACCAAUUAAUAUGAGGGGUAGAUGGCAUGGAGAGGAAUGAGUAUUCCCAGGUGAUUGUGCUAAAAUGUCUCUCUGCAUUCACAAUGUAUUAAAGGCAUGAUGACAACAGUGGUGCUGCAGUCAAUAUUUUCCAGUAGCAAUGUUAAUACACUAUGCCUCAAUCUUUGCCCUAGGGCAGGAUUAGGAACCUGCGGUGUCUCUAAUGUUGUUGGACUACUCUCCCAGAUCAUUGGCUGUGCUGCCUGGGGCUGAUGAGAGUUGAUCCAACAACAUCUGGAAGGCCACAGGUUCUCUAUCCCUACCGUUGGGCCAGGUUAUGAAAACCCCCUCCAUGCAUUGUGCUAGUUCAUAGAGGAAUAGUGCCAUGUCACCUUGGAAAUGGCUUGGGCAGUGUUCACAUUGUCUGUUUUCUGACAGGAC